ACAGAUUGCGAGAUUCUAUGCCCAAUUUCCAGCUUCGAUGCUGGCUCUUUCCUUCUCGAACGCUCUCGCAGUGGUUCAUGGCGUUUCCCUUCUCUCCAAGGCUUCUCAUCCGACGCCCAUUAACCACAGCGCGAUCUCGGCUUCCCCCUCUUCUCUUCUCCUGCUCUUCUUCCUCUUGCCUUCGCCGCUGCUCUCCGAUUCUCGAAGCUUUCGUAGCUCUCGACCUCGGCGUCCGCGACGGCAGUUUCCUGCCCGUCUCGAGGGCUUCCAGGCUGCUUAGAUAUCCAUCAAUUUCUAGGGUUUUCUUAUCGACUCGGACUUCGGAUAUCGAUAGAGCGCAGGGGCCGGCCGUCGUAGAUUACCGGUGCGUGGUCUUCUUCCCCCCGUCGAUUCGGUUCACUGUGUUAACGAGUUUUCUAGGGUUUUCUUCCCUUCCAUGGGAACAGGUCUGUUCUGGCGAAGGAUGAGUUUCAUAGGUUGGCAGAUGCGACAAUACAUGAUUUGCAGGAAAAAUUUGAGGAAGGAGUAUGGUGACUCUGUCCAAAUGGAUGGUUAUGAUAUAGACUAUGGGAAUCAAGUUUUGACAUUGAAGCUCGGGAGUUUGGGAACAUAUGUCAUAAACAACCAAACACCAAACAGACAAAUCUGGUUGUCGUCACCAGUAAGUGGACCAGCAAGGUUUGAUUGGGAUGUGGCAACUAAAUCCUGGAUAUAUAGGCGCACUAAAGCGAAUCUUUUGCAACUUCUAGAAGAAGAAUUGCAGCAGCUAUGUGCUAAGCCCAUUGAUCUUUCUUGACUAAACAAUAUCUACCCAGAAGACGCGCAUAAAUUCAUGAGACUUUUCUGGCAAUAGACACACUUGUACAACAUAAAAAUGCCUUAAUUUUGAGUUAAAUAUUUCAUCUUUCAUUGUUUAUUUAUUUCUAGCAACUUUUCAAUGAAAUAUAUAUUGACAUGGUCAUCAGACUGGAUUGUUAUCAUUUCGGAGCAAACAAGUUGUCAACUAACAUACUUGGGGAAUAUGAAGUCACUGCCCAGCAGUACUUUAAA